GAACCGCUUGGCCAACCGGAAGUUGCCUUUGUUGACUCUGCUGGAGAAAAGUAAGAUGUCUAACCUGGACGUGCAGGAUUUUAUACAACAAAACAGAGCUCUGGCCGACCAGGUAGAAACCUUUAGAGGUUACUGGGAGAGUGAAAAACACUGGCAGGCCAGGAGGGAGUUCAUCCUGCGGAACAUAAACGACUUCUCGGUCCAGCAGCUGGACCACCUGCUCUCCUUGUCCAUGGUCUGGGCUAACAACGUCUUCCUCGGCUGUCGGUAUAGCACAGAGCUCCUGGAGAAAGUGAAGGAAAUGGCUGAAGGCAUCGAGGUGGAGGACCCGCCAGUCUUCAAGACAAGAGAUGAGAUUGUUAAGAAGCAACAGGGUCGAUGACCAGGUGUGUCAAAGCCAUCUGGUUGUGUCGGAUCAAGACAGAAGACCAUUGAGACGCGGCUGCUGUGUACAUGCAGACUGUGCUUGCCAGGAACCUGACCAAAUUUCUCACGGUUUUGCAGUCUUGUAUUGGUUAUUAUGGAUGUGAUCAGCGUAAACAUCAAAAGCAGGAAGACUGUGUUUCUCAAACGUUCAGCUUUUUAUUGUACAGAGGCAGCAAAAAUGUUUUUUGCCCGUGUUGGAGCUUCACUGCUUAUCCGUUUUUACUCGUAUUUUAAUUUUUUAAAUUGUACCCAUUGUUUUUAGUACUGUUUUAUAAAUAAAUCCAGAUGAAAGAUGACAUUGGAUCGUGUCCCGUCCUGAAGCACAAUAAAGGACAUGUACUUUCCUGUCA